CUGGACUACUACUUUGAGGAGGUGCAGAAGCUGUGCUUUGAGGUCUACGACACCCACGGGCCCAGCAGCCUCAGCUGCCAGGAUGACGACUUCUGGGGGGCAUGGAGUGCACCUCGGGGCAGAUCGUGGCCCAGAAGAAGGUGACCCCAGCACUGUUGCUGAAGGUCAGCAGGAACGCCGGCAAGUCCCCCAGCACGGCGAUAGCCAGAGACAUCUCUGGGAAUAAAGGCCAUGCGGAGCUCUCCCUCCGUGCCGGGAAACUGGAUGACAAGGGCCUCUUCAGCAAGCCGGACCCCCUCCUGGAGCUGCGCCGAAUCAACGAUGAUCAGAGCAAGCAGCUGGUGUACAGGACGGAGGUGGUGAAGAACGACCUGAGCCCCACCUGGCAGCCUUUCAAGGUGUCUCUGAGCAGCCUGUGCAGACGUGAGGAGCCUCGGCCUCUGAUGGGCCUCGUCUGGGAUUAUGACUCCUGCGGGAAGCACGACUUCAUCGCAGAAUUCUCUACCACCUUCGUGGAGAUGCAGAAUGCCUUGCGGGAGGACCAGGUGAGAGCAGGAAGGGCCCGCCUGUCCCCCAGAAUGCGCUGGGGCGCUGGCCCUGCGCUGGGUUGCCCCAGAAAUUGUUGUGAUGGUUUUAGAGAGGCUAAAGAUGGUGACAGAGCAGGACACCCACACCCACCAGGUGGCUGGAGUAGGGACCACCAGCCCGUGUUAAAGUUGAAGUGACAAAUGCCGGU